GAAAACACAUAAAGCACUUAAAAACUCUGGACUCCCUCCCAUGGAUGCUUGCCGAAAACCCUACAAAAUUUUCUUCUGAAUCACGGACAUUGGCUGUUCAAUCUGGAUCUGUGAGGGUUCAAGCAUUUGUGUGUCUGUUAAUUAAUCGUCUGUGAUAUUCUAUUUCUACGCCUGCUUGUCUGCGCAGAUUGCUGGAUUUCAACCGAACUGAAGAUGUUUCUUACCAGGACCGAGUACGACAGAGGUGUCAACACUUUCUCUCCUGAAGGGCGACUGUUCCAGGUCGAAUAUGCUAUUGAGGCUAUCAAGCUGGGUUCGACUGCUAUUGGGUUGAAGACGAAGGAAGGCGUUGUGCUUGCUGUCGAGAAGCGAAUCACUUCACCUUUGCUGGAGCCUAGCAGCGUGGAGAAAAUUAUGGAAAUUGAUGAGCACAUCGGAUGUGCAAUGAGUGGAUUGAUUGCUGAUGCUCGUACACUUGUUGAACAUGCACGUGUUGAAACUCAGAAUCACAGGUUUUCAUAUGGUGAACCAAUGACUGUUGAGUCCACCACGCAAGCUCUUUGUGAUCUUGCCUUACGUUUUGGUGAAGGCGACGAAGAGUCCAUGUCUCGACCUUUUGGUGUAUCUCUUCUUAUUGCUGGUCAUGAUGAGAAUGGGCCUAGCUUAUACUACACAGAUCCAUCUGGAACAUUCUGGAAGUGCAAUGCGAAAGCUAUUGGUUCAGGUUCUGAAGGAGCAGACAGCUCCUUGCAGGAGCAAUAUAACAAGGAGUUGACUCUACAGGAAGCUGAAACAGUAGCUCUUUCAAUCUUGAAGCAAGUGAUGGAAGAAAAGGUCACCCCAAAUAAUGUUGAUAUUGCGAAGGUUGCCCAAACUUAUCAUCUUUAUACUCCAUCUGAGGUUGAGGCUGUCAUCAGUCGUCUAUGAAGAGAAUAACCUCAUCAUCCAUGGACUCCAUGCGUUUGUUUUUCUUUCUGGUUAAUGCGAUCCAUUUAUAAAUUGUUGUCUCUGUUUCUUUUGGAGAAAGAUUGACAUUCUUCACUUCUGUGUUGUGGAUUCAGACCGGGAAAACUAUGUGUUCUGAACUGAACUGUUUAUUCAAUCAGUAAUCACACUACAUUUUUUGAGACA